CGGACUCCCGGCUCCGCCCACUUUUGCCCUCGACCGUGGCAGAGCCGCAGCAGGAGUGGCGGCGCGUGGCCGGGGUGUGUGCGCGAGCGCGCGUGUGUGCCUGCCUGCCUGUCAGCGGCCAGCUAAGGAAGCCGGGAAGGGAAGCAAACGCCGACAGCGGGCGCCCGCCCACCCGCCUGCCCCUCCUCCCCCCAGACCCUUUCUCCUCCAUUCACCUCAGCCGCCGCUUUCCCUCUUCUUCGCCUCCCCUCAGCCAUGUUGGCCGCCGCUCAGCUCCUCCGCGUCCGCUGCGCCGCGCUCUCCCUCCGCGGCCUCGCCCCGAGGGCCUUCGCCGCUGCAGCCUUGCCUGUACGUUGCUAUUCUCAUGGGUCCCAAGAGUCAGAUGAAGAGUUUGAUGCUCGCUGGGUGACGUACUUCAAUAAACCAGAUAUCGACGCCUGGGAGCUCAGAAAAGGUGUGAACACCCUGGUUAGCUAUGACCUGGUUCCAGAACCAAAAAUCAUCGACGCUGCUUUAAGGGCAUGCAGGCGACUAAACGACUUUGCUAGUACAGUCCGUAUCUUAGAAGUUGUGAAGGACAAAGCUGGGCCCCACAAAGAAAUCUACCCCUACGUUAUCCAGGAACUUAGACCAACUCUGAACGAACUGGGAAUCUCAACUCCAGAAGAACUUGGCCUGGACAAACUGUAAACAUUCUCAGAUGAGUUUCCCACGGGUUUAUUGUUCACGCUACCUGAUUGUACAACAAUUGUCUGGAGACAGAUGUUAUAAUAUUAUCUGAAAUAAAUUCUUCCUUUAAUGAGUCCUGGAAUAUGUGUGGUGACACUGGGUCUAAAUAAAGGGAAAACC